AUGUCUGCACCUCAGCAAGGAAACGUGGCCGGCGGCAAUGAGGACUACGUCGACAAGGUUCGUGCACUCAUGUCUGCAACGUAUACCCGCAGCUCACACUCGCAACAGGGCAUCGACUCCCUCGAGAAGAAGCAGGGCCAGGACCCCAACAAGCUCCGCUCCGUCAACGAGAAGGUCACCGACACUGCUCGCGGCAUGUUCGAGAAGGCCACUGGUACGUUGCAAGAAUAUCGAGACCACACGAGUGUUCAUCAACGCUAA